AUGGUGGGUUUGAGUGUUGUGUUGGAGUCCCAGAGAGGUGUUAUCCCCAGCAGUACUCCUCAAGUCAUCAACAAAACCACCAUCUCCAUCCUCAACAAACCCUCCUCCUCGGCUUCCCACCGCCGCCCUGAUUCUCAGGUUCCCACUUUCCUAGACCAGUGCUGUCUCUGCGGCAAGAGGCUCUCCCCCGGGAACGACAUCUACAUGUACAAGGGAGACAGAGCUUUCUGCAGCGUGGAGUGCAGGUGCCAACAGAUAUUCAUGGACGAGGAAGAAAGCAUUCAAAUAGAGAACUGUUCUUUGGCUGCCAUGAGACCCCCUUCUGGUUCUUCAUCCACUUCACCGGCCCCACCUCAUCACCGGAAAUCACCCCGAAACCGAGCUAAGGGUGGCUUUGCAUACUGAGGCUGAGGCAAACCAUUUUGUUUUUUUUAUCUUUUUUCGGUUUGUGGCAAUGACCUUCCCGUUUUGCCCAUGCUUUAUCUUGUAAUGACCACUCCUUUUGCUUCCUAGUAUGAAGCCAACAUGCCCUUUCUACUUAUUAUUAUUAUUAUUAUUAUCAUGAUGAA